CUAUAUAAUGACAAAACUCGAUACAAAUUAUAUUAUAUUGCGACAUUAAUACUUCACUUACACGCAAGAAGAAUUAUACGAUCUUACACCAUAUACCAUAUAUCUAAUUCAAUCCUUGCAACGAACGGGAAUAAUUCUAGUAAACACUGACGUGUAUGCCAUGAUUUGACUUGUUGAGGGGAUGGAUCAUUGGACGGGAGACAAUAUACACAUGUUAUACCCAAUUGACCAAAACCAAAACGCACCCACAUUAUAUAAUAAUAUGAAUAAAAGAGAAGAUGCAUGGGUUGGGUAGGAUGAAAAUGGAAAUUGGAAGUGAUGAUGAUAAUGAUGGAUUUGAUGGUGUUAUGCCUCCUUGUGAGCAAGUGCGUGGGUCCGUGUAAUUUUGGUUGGUUUGAAAGAUGCGGAAAAAAAAGAGGAGAAAGAAGAAGCUGAGGAAGAGGAGGAAGAUUUUUGUGCAUUAAUUUCGGGGCCCUAUCCACUAACUAUGGCAUUCCAUAGAGUCAACUCCUGCUGUAGGCCGGGAAGGUAAAAAGUUAAAUAUGAUCAUAUCGUCCCACAUCAAAAUUUAGGCUUAUAAAUAAGAGGCCAUGCAGUUUCCCUAAGCCACAAAACAGAAUAUAUUAAUUGGUUUCCAAAGGGAUUCCUUAUAGGGAGCUAGCUAGUGAUCGAUGGAUAAGAAAGAAGAAAUGACAGUAACAAAAAGAGCAGAAGUAGUUGUAGUAGCGGUGAAACAAGGAGGAGGAGGAGAAGAAGUGAGCUGUAAAGUAAAUGAUGACAUGAAUUUAGUUGAUUGGAAAGGCAGACCUUGCGUACCCAACAAGCAUGGUGGAAUGAGUGCUGCCUCCUUUGUACUUGGCAAGUGUCCACUCUGCAGGAAUGAAUACAUUUCAAUCUGAUUGAUUGAUUCUCCCUUCGUCUCUUCAUUUGGUUUUGAUUGUGUUGAACUGUGUUAAUUAAUUUGCAGGAGUUGAGGCGUUGGAGAUGAUGGCGAUCGCUGCAGUUGGGAACAAUCUCAUAACCUAUGUGUUCAAUGACCUGCAUUUCCCUCUGUCGAAAUCCGCAAACAUUGUCACAAACUUCAUUGGCACCGUGUUCCUGCUCUCCCUUGUUGGUGGAUUUCUCUCUGAUUCUUAUCUCGGCAGCUUCAGGACCAUGUUGAUUUUCGGCCUAAUUGAACUCUCGGGAUUCGUGGUGUUAGCUGUGCAGGCUCAUUUCCCGGGGCUUCAGCCACCAAAGUGCAGGAUGGAUAUGGAGGACGAUGAUUGCGUGGAAGCAAGCGGAUAUAGGGCCUGGAUAUUCUUCACGGGGUUGUACUUGGUGGCCUUAGGAAGCGGGUGCCUGAAGCCCAACAUCAUCUCUCACGGAGCCGAUCAGUUCAGCGGUGGCUCCAAUCACCAGAAGAAGAAGGUGUCCACCUAUUUCAACUGUGCAUAUUUCGCCUUCUGUUCCGGGGAGCUGGUGGCGCUCACCCUCUUAGUUUAUGUUCAAACCCGAUCCGGGAUGGAUGUUGGUUUUGGAGUUUCUGCUGCGGUCAUGGGGAUGGCUUUGAUCUGCUUGAUUUCUGGGACUCCGUUUUACGCUAACACCCCUCCUCGGGGGACCCCCAUAUUCAUCCCAAUCGCUCAGGUUUUUGUUGCUGCAAUCACAAAGCGAAAGCAAGUUUGCCCUUCCCAGUUGGACAACUCCAAUUCUGUUGCAAAUAAUAAUAAUGCCGAUGGCGAUGCCCCUGCAGUCCAGCUCCUCCAUACACAAAAGUUCAGGUUCCUAGAUAAGGCCUGCAUCAGAGCAGCAUCAUCAGAGAGUGGAUGGCGACUCUGCAGCGUAUCCCAAGUCUCCCAAGUGAAGAUCCUAAUCUCGGUUGUCCCCAUAUUUGCAUGCACCAUCAUCUUCAACACCAUCUUAGCCCAACUCCAAACAUUCUCCGUCCAGCAAGGCGUCGCAAUGGACACGAGAAUCGCACACAACUUCAAAAUCCCACCAGCUUCCCUGCAGUCCAUCCCUUACUUUAUGCUCAUCUUCCUGGUCCCGCUCUACGAGACGGUGUUCGUGCCGGCCCUGCGUAAACUCACAGGCAGACCAUCCGGCAUAUCACCCCUCCAAAGGGUUGGGAUUGGCCUUUUCAUUGCGACUUUCUCCAUGGUUUCGGCAGCAAUUGUUGAGCACAAAAGAAGAUCCUCCUCCUCGCUAAAUAAGGAUCAGCCGCUGUCCAUAUUUUGGAUAGCUCCCCAGUUCUUGAUAUUCGGGAUGUCGGAAAUGUUCACGGCGGUGGGAUUGGUGGAAUUCUUCUACAAGCAAUCCACGGAUGGGAUGCAGAUGCACUCAUUUCUAACCGCCAUGACAUAUUGUUCCUACUCCUUUGGAUUUUACUUGAGCUCUGUGUUAGUCUCUACCGUAAAUAAAGUUACCUCAUUAGCCUCAGCAGGGAAAGGCGGAUGGCUGAGUGACAAUGAUCUCAACAAGGACAGAUUGGACCUUUUCUAUUGGCUGUUGGCUGCUCUUAGCCUAAUCAAUUUCUUCAACUAUCUUUUUUGGUCAAAUUGGUAUACUUGUCAAUCUCCCAACUCAAUACAUCAGCAGCACAACAGCAUGACCACGGAUGAUGAUGCUCUUGACGUCCAAGACAUCAGCUACAGAUGACAAUUAGUAGUAUUAGGUAGCAGCUAUAUCUUGCUAAUUAAAUUGUAUUUUUUUUAUAUAUAUAAAAAAAAACUAAUUCUUGAUAGACUACUAUAUAUGUGAAUAUAUAUGAGCAGUAGAAAGUUAAGGUGUAACGUGUUUCCCCUGAGUUUGAACCUUUUUAGAAUAAAAGAGUUUGCAAUUCAAGAUUGGCAAAUGUGUAUAUGCAAUGUGAUCAGUAUGUACAGUGUUUGGUACUUUUUUACCAAUUUAAACCAGUAAUUUCC